CUCCCGAAGUAGCAUUGCGUCCAGUGUAAAGAACUUCUCGAGUUCUGAAUGAUACUUUUAUUCUUUACAACGAAUGGCAAUAUCAGACUGGUGUUUUAUAAUACUACACAAUAUUAUGAUACUGCAUUCGUCACAACAGGUUGUUGCUUGAUAACUAAGUAACUGCAAAGUUAACACCACGGCAACGGAUCAGCCUGGGCAGUAGGCUUUUGCUACCUCUUAUCACGAUGCCCCCGCUCAAAAUUAAAGGAGUAACAGUGGAUUUCCCCUUCACGCCUUAUCCAAGUCAGACGGACUACAUGAGUAAAGUGCUUGAAUGCCUUCAAGACAAGAAGAAUGGGAUCCUGGAGAGCCCGACUGGCACCGGUAAGACCCUGUGCCUGCUGUGUGCCACCCUGGCAUGGAGGCAGAACUUCAGAGACACCAUCUCCGCUCGCAAGAUCGCAGAGAAGAUGAAGGGUGCAGAGCUCUUCCCCGACACACCCCUGUCAUCUUGGGGUACCCCGGCCACGGAUGGGGACUCAACAAUGUACUAUACUGACAUCCCAAAGAUCAUAUACGCUUCUCGCACCCACUCCCAGCUAGCACAGGUCAUUGGAGAGCUCAAAAACACAUCAUACAGGCCAAAGGUGUGUGUUCUUGGCUCCCGAGAACAACUCUGCAUCAACCAGGAAGUGAUGAAGCAGGAGAGUAACCACAUGAAGGUUCACAUGUGCAGAGCAAAAGUGUCGACGCGCUCCUGUGUGUUCUACAACAACGUCGAAGAGAAGAGCACAGACAAAGAGUUCAUCAACACCAUCCUGGAUGUGGAAGAUCUGGUGAAGGCUGGCAAUAAGCAGAGGGUAUGUCCAUACUACUUGUCCCGGUCUUUAAAGCAGCAGGCCGAGAUCAUCUUCAUGCCAUAUAACUACCUACUGGACCCUAAGAGUCGCAGGGCUCACAACAUUGAGCUGCAGGGGGCUGUGGUCAUCUUUGAUGAGGCACACAACGUGGAGAAGAUGUGUGAAGAGGCUACGUCGUUUGAUCUGACCCCUUUUGACCUGAGCUCAGCUCUGCAGGCGGUGGACAAGGUGCUGCAUGAGCAGGCAGUGGAUGCUGGGAAGGGGGAGGACUUCAGUGAGUCCUCAAGCUCAGAACUGAAGCUAGACAUACAAAGCGUGGCUAAAAUAAAACAGAUCAUAAUGGACCUAGAGAUGAACGUGAACUCUUAUGAGAUUUCACCAAACAGUCAGGGCAUUACUAAACCUGGAAGCUUUAUCUAUGAGAUCUUCCAGAAGGCCCAAGUGACCUUUGACACCAAGACUGCAGUCGUGGAGACGAUGGACCAGAUCACUGGAUACCUCUCCAGCCAACCUGGGAUCUUCCUCAACACGAGCGGAUUGCAGAAGCUGUCUGACAUCAUCCAGUUGGUGUUUCCAGGCAAUCCAGCAGAGGGCAGCAGUGUGCCUCUGGAGCAGGGAACGCAGCAGUUUAAGGUUCACAUCCACGCCGACACCAGCAACUCCAGGAAGAAACAAACGGCUGAUGUCUGGGCUCCGUCCUCCUCUAAAAAGCAAGGGAACAUACUGAGCUACUGGUGUUUCUCCCCGGGCUUCAGCAUGCAGGAGUUGGUGCGGCAGCAAGUACGCAGCAUCAUCCUCACCAGUGGCACCCUCUCCCCACUGUCCUCCUUCACUGCAGAGAUGCAGAUACCGUUCCAGGUGAGUCUGGAGAACCCACAUGUGAUCCAGCGUGAUCAGAUCUUCGUCAGCGUCAUAGACAAGGGCCCUGACGGCACGCUGCUCAGCUCCGCCUAUGACAGGAGGUUUCUUCCAGAGAAUAUGGCUUCCCUGGGAAACACUGUUGUCAACCUAAGUCGUGUGGUGCCGGAGGGAAUGCUGGUGUUCUUCCCAUCAUAUACCAUCAUGGACAAGACCCUGGAAUUCUGGAGGGGUAACGGACAGGCGGAUCGUAUCGAGAACAUCAAGCCCAUGUUUGUGGAGCCUCGAGGGAAAGGCACGUUCAAUGAGGUCAUUGACGGUUACUAUGAGCGAGUGAACGAGGGCCGGGGAGGAAGCUUCUUUGCAGUGUGCAGAGGAAAGGCGAGCGAGGGUCUGGACUUUGCCAAUUCGUACGGGAGGGGUGUGGUCAUCACCGGGCUGCCCUUCCCCCCCCGCAUGGACCCACGGGUCACGCUCAAGAUGCAGUACCUGGAGGAGAUGGGGCGCCAGAGGAAGGCUGGAGUUAAGUAUUUGUCAGGGCAGGAGUGGUAUAGACAGCAGGCGUCUCGUGCAGUAAACCAGGCCAUUGGGAGAGUGAUCCGCCACCGGGACGACUACGGAGCCAUCUUCCUCUGUGACAAAAGGUUUAAAGGCACGGAGGCUCGAGCCCAGUUACCCUCCUGGGUGAGACCGUAUGUCAAAGUCUAUGACAGUUUUGGCUGCGUGGUACGAGACGCUGCACAAUUCUUCAGAGUUGCACAGAAACUGAGACCACCACCGGAGAAGAAACACACACCCCUCCCUAUCUCCUCCGGUCUGUGCGGGGGGGGCACCAGUGGGGGCGUUGCGGAGCUGUGUAGGGGGGGCGGCGGAGCGUCCUGCUCGUCCCAGAAGGCCAAGACACUGGACUCCCACGUGCCCAGCCUGAAGCGCCGCCGGGAAGAUGAUACUGAGGUUGGAGGGGGCGUGGCCAGGCUGUGUGUCCAGUAUGAGACAGAGCUGCCAGCCACUCAGAAGCGAGCACGGGGUCUGCUGGACGCCCUGGAACAGAGUGACCACACUGGACACACACAACAGGACGCAAACACUCAGGACAAGGAGGAGGAGCGGCCCAGCGAUGUGAUGCGUGGCAGCAAACGCAAAAUCCGAUUGGUCCAAAGGCCGGUAGCACCUGAGCCUCAGAGAUCGGAGGUCACGGGGUCGUGGAAAGGUCACGACUUCCUGUUGGAGCUGAAGCGGAAUCUGAGUCAGGAGAACUUUACGAGGCUUAUGGAGGCGCUGAAGGUCUACAAGGAGUCUGACGACCUGCUCGACUUCAUCGCAAAGGCAGCAGCGAUGCUCACCUCGGACCCUAACACACACCGCCUACUGCGAGGGCUGUACCAGGCGGUGCGUCCCCACCAUAAGAAGCGUUUCCACGAGCAGUGUGUGUUGCUGACGGGACAGGGGUGUAUUCAUGUUGUUUCUGUGUGUGUGUGUGUAUGUGUGUGUGCGUGCGUGUGUGUGUGUGUGUGUGUGUGUGCGCUCAUAGGGCUGUACCAGGCGGUGCGUCCCCACCAUAAGAAGCGUUUCCACGAGCAGUGUGUGUUGCUGACGGGUGAGGGGUGUGGAUAUAAAGCUGAGCACUCGUUAACCCGAGAACAGAGACGAGCACUUACCACUCAUACAGACAGUGAAACAUCCUCAGGUCCAGAGGAGGUUGCUGUCUCAUCAGAACCAGCGGCGCUGAUGUCGGACGUUCAGAAGGCUUUGGGAGCAGACAAGUCCAAACAGCUCUUCUCCUGCCUGAGCGCGUACCGCAAGAACCAGCAAUAUGAUCAGAUGGUGACCAGCGUCGUCAGCCUACUCACAGAGAGAGAUGAACACCUGCAGCUCUUAAAGCGGCUGGAAGUGUUCAUCCCCACCAGUGACCGAUCUCGCUUCAGGGAAAUGACAUCAUCCUUGACGGGCGGCAGCCACAACCAAGACAACCAGCCAUCAGCCUCCAGCGAGACGAAGGGGAAAUCCCAACCCAAGAUCUCUGCCUUCUUCACGGGCCCAAGCUAGCGGCUGGCUGACUAGCUGACACUCACGUUUGCAUUUUCUUGUGAUCUGUAUAGUGAGUGUGUUGUAUGUUGUAAUGUUGAAUGUUAGAAGCAUCAUGCCAAUGUUAUUUUAUAUAAUGAUAAAAAAUUGAAUUAAAGGUUUUAUGUUUAAUUUUUGCUAUUUUCAUUCAGUCCAGAUGACACGUGUGUGUGUGUGUGUGUGUGUGUGUGUGUGUGUGUGUGUGUGUGGUGUAUUGAUGUGUACAAGAAUGGUAUUGAAUUACCGUAAAUCCUCAAAUAAAGGCCGGGACUCUAUAUCCGUGGUCAAUACGGCCAAAUAAAGGCCGGGCCCCGAAUACAGGCCAGGAGGAAAAUAAGGUAGCCUAUUUUACUGUAGCCUACCCGCAUCAGUCCAUCAGCACAAAGCAGACAUCACGAUUUAAUUGAAUGCAUUUCAUAAAUACAUGUUCUCCUCAUGUUAAAUGUUGUUGGCUAAUUUCAUGGGCUGUUUGCAAUACAAAAAAGAUAUUUUCCCACGUAGGCCUACUAGGCGAAUUUGUUAUUGUUCAUGAAGGCGCGUCUAGCAAUUUGUUAUUGUUUAGCCUAAAUGCACGUACCGUAGCCUACUGUGGUUUAUCUUUAACGUUUCAGUUGGCUAGGCUAGGCUACUUUUUCAGUCCGCGAUAAGCAUAAUAGAGUGUCUAGAAAAAUUAUUAAAAACAAAGCUUUGGAAAGCUUUUCCUCCUUGACUGUCGGUGGAGACCAUAACUUCGUUGUUACGUUGACACUGCACAUAAAGCGCUACGCGAUAAACUUUUUGUUUAGCAUUGGAAAAGAUCUGCAAUAAACGAUUUCUCUUAA